AUAUCUUUCAAAGCUAUAUAAACAAAUUACGUUUACAUCGUUACAUUUUUAUUUGCAAAAGUGUAGUUCUUUUUUUUCUUUUUUUUUUCCUUUUUAAAAUGAGUGGUUCAGAAGAAGAAAAUGUUGCUGAUUUGGUUCAAAAAAUGAUCAUUUCGUUUUUCGGAGAACAGAAACAAGAACUUGUUAGAAGAUUUAUGAGAUUCUCCUUGGAGUUGUUUUCAUCUAUUCAAGGAGUAGAAACUCUAAGGGAAGAUGAAAUAUUGGUUGCCAGUUCUAUAAGAAGUAAAUUGUCGUCUCAAGAUGCAGCACGAUUUGAUAAGUUGCACAAUGAUUUGAGAAUUGGGCCCUUGAGAAACCGUAUAAGCGUUCUAGUAUUUCUACUGAACUUAAAUCAAUCGACUGAGCAAAGAAGAGACAAACUUUUUUCUUUUCCAGACAUAAAGUCUAGUUUAAAUACUCCUGUCGUAUCUAUCAGCGGACAACCAUCUCAGUCCUCAUGGAGUCAGGCACAGCAGGUUGUUUCUAUAAAUACUAUGGAGACAAAUAUACGAGGUCCUCUUGUAAAUCAAAACAAUGUAUUUCGAGAAGAAUAUGUUUCAGAGGAUGUAUUGAUACAAGAUCUAAUAUAUUGUUUCCAAGGUAUCGAAGGGAAAUUUUUAAAAUUAGAUUCAAAUUAUGGAUUUCAAAUUGAUCCUGUAGCAAACAUCAGUAGUUCACAAAAGCAAGCUGUUUUGAGAUUGAGCGAGCUUGGUUAUUUAUAUAAUACUUUACGCAGAAGUGCAGAAAGAAUAUCUGCAGCGGGUAUAGGUAGAGUUGCAGAAAGUUUUGUUGCAGUAUUGCAAAAAGAAUUAUCAGAAUAUUAUAAGUUCAUUGCUAUAAUGCAGGAAGAAGUAAACAGGUCACAAAAUCAGCUGGGUCAUUAUGGAAUCACACUUUCACACUUACAUAUUUGGGCAUAUGAUCCUUUGGAAACUUUGAAAUGGCUAGCGAGUGUGACCAGAGCCUGUCAAGGCCAAAAAGGAGGAUUAUUGGCUUCAACCAUAUAUGAGUUCAGUUAUCACGGCGAUGCAAGUGCAAAAAAAUUAAUGAAAAGAAUAUUGGAAAGUGUUUGUGUUCCAUUGUACAAUAUGCUGAUGAGAUGGAUCACGGAUGGACAAUUGGAUGAUCCAUAUAAUGAGUUUUUUAUUGAAACAUGUGCAGACGUAGCAGGAGAUAGGAUGUGGCAUGAAAAAUAUCAAGUUAGAAAUGCAAUGGUGCCUUCUUUUAUUACUAAAGGACAAGCAAAAAUGAUAUUAGGAACAGGAAAGAGUAUUAAUUUCUUACGUGAAGUAUGUAAAGACUUUUCGCCAUGGCAACAAGGCCGAGAAACGGAAAUGUUUAAAAAUACGGAAGACCAAUAUAAUGCAGUCGAGAUAUUCCUUGAUAUGGAUCCAGAUGGCCGUUUACAGACGAUUAUGGAUGCAAUUUAUAAGGAAACAUCUACAAGAGUUGUUGAAAUUUUAACAAAACAAUGUCAUCUUCUUGAUCACUUACAAGGAAUAAAAAGUUAUCUGUUACUUGGCCAAGGACACUUUAUCCAACACCUCAUGCACUUAUUAGAGCCAGAAUUGGCAAAACCAGCAAAUUCUUUAUAUCCACAUAACAUAUCGUCCAUAUUGGAAACAGCAAUAAGAGCAACAAGUACAAAUUUAGAGGACGUAGAUGUGCAAAGACGUUUAGAUGUUAGAUUAUUAGGGCCUUCAGAUAAUGAAACAGGAUGGGAUAUAUUUAUAUUGGAUUAUAACGUUGAUGGACCUAUAGGGACUAUUUUCGAGCCGUGUAGUCAGACUUAUCAAACGGUAUUUUUUGCAUUAUGGAGGGCAAAAAGAAUGGAAUCAAUAUUGUCUGCAAUAUGGAAGCAACAAAUUACAUCGGCAAAAAUAUUUCGAAAAAUGCCAGAAAUUUUGCCUAUUCAAAAUCAAAUUCAUCUUAUUACAAGCAGCAUGGUUCAUUUGGUUCAUCAAUUGCAGUAUUAUUUUUUAUUUGAGGUAAUUGAGUGUUCUUGGGAUGCAUUUAAUAAACAACUUGGACAAGCAUCUUCACUCGACGAAAUAAUAGCUGCUCAUGAUCAAUUUGUAGAUGCAGUAAGACGUGGUAUCUUAUUGGAUGAAAAAUCUCAAGAAUUAAUGGAUCAUCUACGUUCUGUCUAUAGUCCAAUUUUAGACUUACAAAGUCUUGUAGAAACAUUUCUUAUACGUGCUACUCAAGAACAUGAGGCAAAGUUAUCUGCUGAUAAUUUCUCACAAGCCAUAAGUGAACAAACAAAAUCAUGGGGACGAAGCACUGCUAAUGAUAUAGAUACUAAAGAACGUCAAACAGCAUUUUUAAAAUAUUUGAACACUCUAUCUAUUCAACUAAGAUUAUUGUACAGAACUUAUCAGGAUAGAGUGAAAAAAUUUCUAUUAAUGCUUGCCUUCGCGGAAGAUGUUUCUUUGCAAUUACUCAGCGUACGACUAGAUUUUAACGAAUAUUACAAAAGAAAAGAUAGCCGAUUAGUUGUGCCAUUGACGUAUCAGCAUCGUAGGCAGAGCGAUCAAAGUUUUCUUAUCACUAAAUGAAAGCUAUUAAUAAUUGAAACUUUUGUAAAUGCAAAAUGUGAUCGUUACACAUAUUAAGUGUACACACACACACACACACACACACACACAAACUCUAUUUAAAAUACUUCAUACAUUCAGUGUUGGGUAAUAUUUCACUAAUAAAUAAUGAUUAAAUAACUAGUUUAAUAGUACCAUAUGAUUAAUAUUAAUGUAAGUAAAAAUUUAAUCGUUAAUUGAAUUAAAUAUUGCCCAACACUCUGUCCACCAGUUUAAUGAAUACUCCAAAUUACUUGUUUAUAGAAAUGAUUUAUUUUUUAUAGAAUAUGUGUGAGAUGGCAAAUUUUAGUGUAUUUUUUUUCCCUUAAGUUAUAAUAAAGAAGUUUAUAUUUCUCACAUAGGUAAUACAAAGUAAUAUAAACGCGCGUUUUGUACAUUUAUCAUUAGUCACUGACAAAAUUAGAGAUACAAAAUGCAUAAUUGAUGUAAUGUAUCUCUUUUUAUGAGAUCAGCUUUUGUUUUAUUGAAAUGAAUUGAUGUUAUUAUUUUAAAUAGUUUAUAAGUAUUUUAUAGACUAACAAAUAGAUCUUUUUACGCAUAAUUGAAAGCACAAUUCAUACAUGACAUGUGCGUGCAUACACAUAUUUAAUAUGGGGAACAACACAGGUCAUACAUACGCGCAAUAAACUAGAUUUAUAUCUUCAA